AUGGAGUGGAGUGACACUGAUAGCAGCACGCAUGGGCCAGGCAGGCAGGCACAGGCAUGGGGGUUCGAUGUCAAGGACAUGCGAUUCAGGUUUGAAAAGGAGGAUAUUGGCUACUCUAAGCAACAAUGUGCUACUAUGGCAGUGUGA